CAGCCUUUAGCCAUGUUGUUUUGAUUCCAUCCCGGCGUCACGUUAAAGGUGUCAACAACAUCAUUUUCACCUUUUUUACUCUUUUUUCAGUGUUGUGUUAGCAAAAUAUGGUAAUGACCCGAGGACGCGGGCGAGGUAUGAGAGGAGGCAUGAUGCGCCCCAUGGGCCCCGGGCCACAUUUUGGCCCCAAGAUGAAGCAGUUUGUACCACGGCUGCCCUUUGACAUGGUACUCUGCGAGUCGGCCUUCCCCAAAGUGAAGCCGGCACCUGACGAGUCUGCAUUUACUCAGGCCCUCUUAAAAAGAAAUGCAGACUUGUCACCCACACCAGCAGAACAGGCUGCUGUACUUAACCUAGUCACAAAGAUCCAAGCUGUGAUGGAUAACCUUAUUGUAGAUCCGGGCAAUUUUGACGCAUGCGUAAGUUCCCAAAUCGAAGAGGUGCGACAGGUGGGCUCGUACAAGAAAGGUACCAUGAUGACGGGACACAAUGUGGCAGACAUUGUGGUGAUCCUCAAGACGCUGCCCACCAAGGAGGCCGUGGAAGCUCUCGGGAAAAAGGUGUGUGAUGAUCUGCGCACGCAAGAGCCCCAGGAAGUGCUCGUCCUCACAAUGCUCCCAGAUGACCGAGGCUUCGAGAUCAGCAACAGUGAGGCCACAGUGCGUGUCCUUGUGACCACCAUCCACCAGAACCUGCGCAAACUGGAUCCUGAGCUGCACCUCGACCAGAAGAUCCUCCAGUCACACCUAGCGGCGAUUAGACACAGCCGCUGGUUCGAGGAGAAUGCACACCACUCCACAAUUAAAGUACUUAUUCGGUUACUGCGGGAUCUGCGUGGACGCUUCGAAGGGUUUGAACCUCUGUCACCUUGGAUGCUGGACCUCCUGGCACAUUAUGCUAUUAUGAACAACCCAAGCAGACAGGCCUUGCCCAUAAAUUCUGCAUUCCGCAGAUGUUUGCAGCUAUUAGCAGCAGGGCUGUUCUUACCAGGCUCUGCAGGUAUCAGUGACCCCUGUGAAGGAGGGAAUAUUCGUGUACAUACAGCCAUGACUCUGGAACAGCAGGACCUUGUAUGUCUCACCGCCCAGACUCUUCUAAGAGUACUUUCACAUGGUGGCUACAAACAGAUCCUUGGACUCGAAGGCAACUCAAGUAUAGCAAGCGAAAUGUCUGUCUGGGAUGGCGUUGUAGUGUCUGCAUUAGAGAAGGCCUAUGAAAAGCCCCCGGAGCGACCCCCACAGGAUGAUGAUGGAGAUGACAUGGAUGCUGAUGACGAUCCCAUGGAGACGACAGACAAUUAAUUAGUGUAUAUUGGGAGAGCACAGUCGAAUUGUGGAAUUUUAUGCUUCAUGUGGAAAAGAAAUGGCGAGUGAAAAUAAAGGAAAGAAAAAACAACCUUUUUCUUGUCUGUUAAGGAAUGCCUCUUCCUUUUUAAUUUUUUUUUAUUGAAAAGUUGCUUGUGUGAAUAUCAACUGAAAUGCAAAAAGAAAAUCGAAAUAAACAACUUUUUCUUUGACUCCUAGUGUCUAUAGGAGGACAUUUUUAGAACAGUAUAAUAGUCAAUAAAUUUAUACUUGAAAUGUUUCUGUGGUGGUAUGUUUUCAGCCCUGUCCUAUAUACAACUCUUCACUGCCAUCUCAUGAACAAGGGACUUACUUUUUUUCUUUUCUUUUUUAUAAACUGGUUGUGCAAAACUUGUCAUACAGGGAAUUGUGCGAGGAAAUACAAAAGAAUUUGACCAUUUUAUCUAAUGCAUUAUUAUUGUUAUUAUUUUUUUCCCAUGCAAAUAAUUCAUAUUGAAGUGCUAAUGUAACGUGAAUAUUUGAUUUUAAUAGAUGGAAAAGAUGGAUUACUAUAUUGUGAUUAUGUUGAAGAUGUGUUAAAGUUUUUUGGAAUUUGUUCAGGAUUUUUACUCUUCCAUUAUCCAAGUAGGUUGAUUGAUAUAUGUAUUGCGAUUUUGUCCUUUUUAAAAGUUAUUUUCUAUUUUCUCUCUAGGAAUUAAGAAAGUGCAUAACAAGAUCUGGCAUUCACCUGUGUUGAUAUUCAUUAGUCAAAGCAUUGCAUGUUGUGUAUGACUGUGUAGUAAAAUUUUCGACAACUUCUCAUAUGUAACAACAUAAUCAUUCUAUAGUAUUUUUCUCUUUCAAAGUCAUAGCCUGUUUAUUGGCUAGUACAAAAAUAAUAGUUUUAAAUUAUGUCUUUUGGACUUGUGAUCCUAAAAUGGAAGAAUUUAUUUGUAACAUCUCAAAUAUUGGUACGAGUGAUUUGAACAGUAAUUAAUCAGUACAAAUAUAACUGAUAUAUGUAGGGUAUACUAAAAAAAAAUAAAAAGUAAAAAAAAAAGGUAAAAAAACUUUCCCAUUUAAUAACAAAGAAGUUUUUGUUUAAUUAGUUACCCCAAUUGUAAGCUUUACAACAUAUAGGAAAUGCCUAUAUCCUGAGUUUCCACUUUGAAGAUGACAUGAAACAUUUUGCUAAGUUGUGUAUUGUUUAUGAAUAUGAAAAUAGCUGUGGACAUUUUUUUCUUCUUUUUUUAAUAGUAUUAAUGCAUAUAUGGAAAAUAUAUUUAUUUCUUUUUCUGUUUACUUUCUUAUGCUUCUGUGUCUUUUUUUCUACAAAUAAAGUGAGUGCUAGUGAUUAA